AUGAGUGAAGCAACCAGCCUGGAUUUGGUGCCUAUACUGGUGAAUGGAGAGGCUGUCAGUGCUUUCUCAGACCUCUGUGAUGAUGACCCACCAAACCUCAAACACGCCACAUUCAAAGCUCUCACAUACAAGACGGGCACGGUGUUAAAUUGUGACUGUGAGAGGGGCUUCCGCAGAAUAAGCAGCUACAUGCGUUGUACAGGAAACUCUAGCCAUGCUUCCUGGGAAAACAAAUGUCAAUGCAAAAGUAUAUCCCCAGAGAACAGAAAAGGAAAAGUUACCACUAAACCUGAGCAACAGAAGGGAGAAAACCCCACAGAAAUGCAGAGCCAAACACCGCCCAUGGACGAAGUUGACCUUGUAGGUCACUGCAGGGAGCCUCCUCCCUGGGAACAUGAAAACUCCAAGAGAAUUUACCACUUUGUAGUGGGGCAGACGCUUCACUAUCAGUGCAUGCAGGGAUUCACAGCCCUCCACAGAGGUCCUGCCAAGAGCGUCUGCAAAACCAUCUUUGGGAAGACCAGAUGGACGCAGCCCCCGCUCAAAUGCAUAAGUGAAAGUCAGUUUCCAGAUGACGAAGAGCUUCAAGCAAGCACUGAUGCUCCUGCCAGGAGGGACACUUCGUCUCCCUUCAUAACGACAAGUACUCCAGAUUUCCACAAACACACAGAAGUGGCUACAACCAUGGAGUCGUUCAUAUUCACAACCGAGUAUCAGAUUGCAGUGGUGGGCUGCGUCCUCCUGCUGAUCAGCAUCGUCCUGCUGAGUGGGCUCACCUGGCAGCGGAGAAGGAGGAAGAGUAGAACAAUCUAG